AUGUCCAUCAUCGCACAAUGGGUUGACACAACCCUAAAAACAGUAGACAUGGACGCAGUGGAUGCUCUACGCGCGUUCUUCCUGCUGGCCGCCGCCACAACCGUCUCCAUCAGCAUCCCGGCCUCCCUGCGCGAUCGAUUUCUAGUCUAUGGGCCGCGCGCAACAUCGACUCCGACCUCGAGCUCGUCCGGCCGACCAGCCGCAGCUGCCCAGCCUGAGGGUGCGAAGCGGGGAUUCCUCGACUAUCUGGCGACAUGGCAGGUGCCUCAUAGCUACUUUACGCAAUUUUACAUUGCUUCCUUGCUCUCGUCUGUGUUCUGGGCUGCUCAAUUACUGUCCCGGGGCGUAGUGUUCCAGGCUAUCGCUACUCGGGUGAACGAGGAACAUCGACAGCAGACGAUGUCCAUGACGCAGCUUAUUAUCUGUUGGAUUUUGUUGGCUAUGCAGGGAUCCCGCAGGCUGUGGGAGUGCGUCAACUUUUCAAAGCCUUCUUCUUCACAGAUGUGGGUGGUUCAUUGGGUGCUGGGGUUGGGAUUCUAUCUGGCUGCGGGUGUGGCGAUUUGGAUUGAGGGUUCAGGGACACUCCUGACCAAAGAUCUGACCAUUCACCAUCUGAAGAUCACUAACGCCCCAAGCAUGCGGACGUUCUUCCUUGUCCCACUCUUCCUAGUCGCAUCAGGUCUCCAACACGACUCCCACCACUACCUUUUCUCAUUAGAAAAAUACACCCUCCCCCAACACCCCAUGUUCAGCGGUGUCGUGUGCCCCCACUACGGAGCAGAAUGCGUCAUCUACCUAUCGCUCUCAUUCCUAGCCGCGCCACGCGGAGCUCUAGUGAACAAAACCAUGCUCGCCUGCAUGGCCUUCGUCGCCGUAAACCUGGGCCUAACGGCCCGCAAUACCAAGAAAUGGUAUGCACAAAAGUUCGGUAAAGACUCGGUCAAGGAUUGGUGGUAUAUGAUUCCCUGGGUCUACUAG